AUGACCCAUCAAUUAUUUAGCGAGCAAGAACAUGCAAAUAAAUAUCAUCUAUAUCGACCGACGUACUCAGAGGAGUUGUACGAUCGUAUUCUGGAAUAUUAUUUCGAUGGAAAACAAACGAAUGAAAAAAUUCCAUUGGCACUUGAUGUUGCUUGUGGCAGUGGUCAAGCAACUGUUGACCUUAGCAAUAUCGAUGUUAGUGUCAAUCAAUUAGCAUAUGCAACACCGAAAGAUAAUGUGGAAUAUCGGUGUGCGAAAGCAGAAGAAUUGACCUUUCUCGAAGAUAACUCCGUCGACCUGGUCACUAUUGCCGUAGGACUACAUUGGCUUGAUAUUGAAAAAUUUGUUAGGGAGGUUCAACGUAUACUCAAACCAUAUACUGGUGUUCUUGCCGUUUGGACUUAUGCUGCCAUGAUGACACUUGGCAAUGCAGCGGCUGAUGCAAUCUAUCAUGAAAUUGAACAGAUUGAACUUUUCUCCUACUCAAAUGCUAAACGAUGGUUAUCCGACGAUUCUUAUCAGUCUCUCUUGCCACUUCUACCCUAUCCAUUGACACGCCGACAGUAUAUCAUCGAACAGAUACAUUCGACGACUUUGGCCUAUUUUCUUGGCCUAUUCGAAACAUUUUCUGCCGUGCAGGCCUAUCGACAGCAGAAUGGUGAAGAAGCCUUUCGAAAAAUGUUGAAUUCAUUUGGUCAAAAAGUUCUACAAUGUUAUGCAACUACAAAAGGUGAAAAUGAAAACGGAGAACGAUUGACUUAUGAUACAAUAAGAAUUAAAAUCUCGUAUCAAAUUCCACUUUAUUUGAUGAAAAAAAAGUCAUAG